AGGAUGCGUAUAAAACGUGAGAAUAUGAUAAAUAUAUGGAUAUGAUAAAUAUGUUUUAAUUAAUAUAUAUUUUAUCAGAGAUAAUUACAUGUAUUUGGCAUGUGGAUAAAUGUAAAAACCUUUAAGAAGUGGAAAAAAAAUUUCUAUGCACAUUCAAAAUUAGUGAGAGUUCUUAUUAUCUCUUGUGAAUUUCAAGAUAUUUUCAAGAUUAUGCUGCAUAUUACUCUCCAACGAUAUUUUUUAUUUAAAAAAAAAAUUGAAAUGAUUCUUAUUUCCUAGUGAUAUUUUUCCCCCAAAUUUUAGGAAUUUUUAGACAAAGACGACGAUUUAUCUUGAAUUCGUUAUUUAGAAAGUGUCCCCUUUAAAAAUAAGAGGGGUUCCGAAUAGCGCGAAACGAAACUACCAAAGUAAAGAUGUUGCUGAAAUUAUUUGCGCCAGUAUUACAUUCCUUCAGGGUUGGAGUUCAGCGAAUGACACAUGUGUUUGCACGUUCAACAUCAAGUCUGCCUUCACAGGCAAUAAUGCACUCGGAGCACGGUGAUCCGAACUCGGUGCUUUAUCUAGAAAACAGUCAGAUGCCGAGAACAGUGCAAGACACUGAAGUCCUUGUGAAAAUGAUAAUGGCGCCGAUUAAUCCCUCAGACAUUAACAUGGUUGAAGGAACUUACCACAUGCUACCACGACUCCCCGCUGUUUGCGGUAAUGAGGGGGUUGGGGAGGUUGUGGAAGUAGGGGGCCGGGUGUCUAGCCUCCGCCCGGGGGACUGGGUUAUCCCAGCAGAUACUGGUUUUGGAACCUGGAGAAACUUUGCCGUGUCUGACCAAACUCUACUGAGAAAGGUGCCAAAUGAUGUUCCUGCGAUCAGUGCUGCCACGAUUAUGGUCAAUCCUUGCACAGCUUAUCGCAUGCUGAAGGACUUUGUGUGUUUGCAUGAAGGUGACUGUGUGAUUCAGAAUGGUGCCAACAGUGCUGUGGGUCAAGCGGUCAUUCAACUGGCAAAGGAGUGGGGAUAUCAAACUAUCAAUGUAGUUAGGAAUAGACCGGACUUAGAUCAACUGACAGAAUAUCUGAAAAGCUUAGGUGCAACUCAUGUAGUGACAGAGGAGUUUUCACGCUCCCACCAAAUGAAAGAUUUAGUCAGCUCCAUGAAAAGUCCCCCCAAAUUAGCUUUCAACACAGUAGGAGGUGACAGUGCCACUAAUAUUCUCAAACGAUUAGACAACAAAGGAGUUAUGGUAACAUACGGAGGGAUGUCAAAAAAGUCGAUUGCAGUCCCUACAGGAGCUCUCAUUUUUAAGAGGGCGAGACUCACUGGUUACUGGAAUGCCAAGUGGGUACAAGAAAACAAGGAAAACCCUGAACUUGUGCGGAUGUUUGAUGACUUGUUUGACUUAGUAAGAGAAUGUAAACUCUUACCACCAGCUUCAGAGACCUUCUCUUUGUCUGACUUUCAGCAUGCAGUCAAAACUUCUCUAGAGGGUUUUAAAGGAAGCAAGAAAAUAUUCCUAAUGGAUGAAUAUCCUUGAUACUGUGUAGAAAUUUACGUUAAUCAGUGUUCAAUAGUUGUUUUAAAUGUAUUUUAUAUAAUAUAUAUAUAGCAAGAUUUUCAUUAAACAUGUUAAAGAGAAAGACUUUUGAUUAAAAAAAAUACAGUAUA